AGAGAAAAUUAAAAAUUCCACAGGAGCAUGGCCAUCAAGUUACAAUUUUUUUCUUCUUUUCUUUCCUAGAAAGCUUCUCAUAGAAUUAAGAAAGUUGCCUCGGGUAUUCAUUGUGGUGGGCCUACCGGUUUCAGAAGGGAAUCAAAGAGAAAACAGCAAGAUAAAAACAAACUACAUACUUUACCUUUUUCAUUUUUCUCUUCUUUUAAGACUCGAAAUUGAAUUGUGCUAUCUUUCUUUGUUUUUGUUGCGUCAGAGAGAUUCUAAUUCUAUCCCACUUCUUUCAAGUCAAAGAAGAAAGAGUAGGGGAGGGAGAAAAAUUUUAAAAAAGAGAAAGUUUUAUAAUGAAAUGGGAUAAGAGAGACGAAAGAAUAGCCAUAAUAGAUAAUGGCAUAUAUUCCCUCAACAAAACCCCACUUAUGUUUCCUGAUAUGGGGGGCACACACACAGAGAGAGAGAGAGAGAGUAGAACAUUCCAACAUCUCUAGUCUAUAAAAAGAAGUAUGGCCUCCAUAAACUGACUCAUACGUAAAAGGAUCAGAAACUAAAAGCAAAUGGAUCUGCAAAACUCGCAAAAUCGAAGUAUGCAUUUGGUUCUGUCCACUGAUGCAAAGCCUAGGCUGAAAUGGACUCCUGAGCUUCACCAACGAUUUCUUGACGCUAUUAAUCAUCUUGGAGGGGCAAAUAAGGCAACACCCAAGAGUCUUUUGAGAGUGAUGGGCAUUCCAGGGCUUACUUUGUACCACCUGAAGAGCCACUUACAGAAAUUCAGGCUUGGAAAAAACCAGCAACUAGAUAUCUGCUCUGACAAUAAACACGAAGACCACCGAGAAAUCCAGAGCAGUGUCAGUCAUUGCAAAAGAGAAAUCUGCGUUGGGACCCAUAAUCAGAUGACUGACUUGCAGAUAGCACAGGCUCUUCAAAUGCAAAUGGAAGUACAGGGGAAACUUUAUGAACAACUUGAGGUGCAGAGGCAUUUGCAGCUUCGAAUUGAAGCCCAAGGGAAGUAUUUACAAUCGGUGCUCAAGAAAGCGCAGGAAACACUUGUUGCUUAUAGUUCUUCUUCCACUUCUAAUACACAACUUGCAAAAGCUGAGCUUUCUCGACUAGUGUCCGUGAUCAACAAUGCUUGUCCAAGUUCUCCGAUCUCAGAACUGACAGAAACAAGAGGGCUGAGUUCUAAAGAUGGGAAGAGGAAGCAAAGCAGAGGGAUUAUGUGUUCACUGGAAAGUUCUCUGACAUCUUCUGAGAGCUCCAGAAUAAAGGAAGACAAGAAGCGGCCUAAGGAUGAAACAAGAGACCUUCAAAAAUCCAAUAGUACUUCUUCAGUUGAACUCCCAUUAAUCGCCAUUCGUUCAGCGGAUGAAGCAUUAAAUGGGGAUGCAAGUGAUGAAUCUAGUGGGAGAAAGAGAAGUGGAGGAGCCAAUUAUGAUGGGGAAACGUGUGCUAACAAGGAGAGAAAAAUUGGAUUGUCAGAACUGCUUGACUUGAACAGGCAAUACCAGAGUGAUAUUGAUUCAAAUUCUAAGGUUAUUGAUUUGAAUCAAUGUUAAAUGAUUCAGUUAUGGCUCUCAGGAAUCAUGAAACCAGAUGAGUUCCUGUUAUUGUAUAACACAUGCUCCAGAAAAACCUCCCCGAAGAGAUAUUAUGUUUAUAAGAUAUGUAUUUUAUAUAAUGAAAGAAAGAAAUUUAAUCUUGUAUACCGCCA